CAUAAGUUCAUUUUCCCAUAUGUCUUCAUUGAAGAUAUUGCGAAAUUUUAGGUCAUUAAUGCCUGUUCUUUAAACCCUCACCCCGAGUGCUAACUGGAAAACGAAACUGAAAUAAACAUAAUUGGAAAACAGAAGUGAGACAUAUGCGGAUUUAGAAUUGGCGUUAUCUAUAUAAAGCAAAACAACACGUUAUAAUAUAAUCAUCGCAUCGACGGUUUUAAUACAAAAAUGGCAGAUGAAAAUAAUAAAACUUACGAAAAAACCGAUGCAAUUGUUAGCUACGAUGGAAUCUUUAAGGGAAUGUACGAUGCAGGGCUCGGAGAGAUGUUCCAAGCCGGACGGAAGCUUCUUUCGACCGGAAACUGGACGGCGGGCAGGGGGAAGUUUGAAGAGGCGUUGAGCGCGGCCGGAAACUCCCCUCGUGAUCAAAAGACUCUCCGGUUGCUCAUUGACGAGUUGGACCGAUACGAGAGGAACAAUAUCGAAGCGGUAGUGAACGCUACGGAGACUCCUGUCAGUUGGUCGGCCGUCGCCGGAAGGGGAAUUGAGCGGAUCGACGAAUCCAUGUUCGCCUUACCACAGGGGAUUUUCUUCUUGGACGUCGGGCGACCAGGUCAUGCGGGCUAUCAGCGGCUUGUCGGUAGAAAGCUUUUGUCCGAUUACUGGAUCGCUUUUAAGAUACCCGAGUUGUUCUGUAGCCUUGUAAAAGCGGACAUGAUACUUGGCCUUUUCGUGGACCAGAGAAUAAGUGACUCGAACGUUACGUUGUUUUAUCACCCACUUAGUAAAGCCGAAAAGCUACGAGUGAUGAAAGAUAUCGUCGCGGACGAGCGGGGCGCUAACGCUGAGCUGAUUCAUCCGUUUCCGCUACUACGUGAGCCCGCCCGCCUGGAGGCUGGGUCUCCACCGGAAGGCUGGAUCGUCGAUGACGCGUUUGACGUCAUGCUUGGCUGCGGCGAGGAGAGGAUUCGCGCGUACUCCAUACAGUUCCUGAUUGAGGCUGGCGUAGAGAGGCCUAUACUCUAUGAUCCAGCAUGCUCCACAGGAGUGUUCCUCUCCACCCUGCAGAAGGCGAUGCCCGGAAGCUACACCAUUGGUCAGGACCUCAGUCAACAAAUGGCAAACUUCGCCAAGCAGAGGGUCGACGAAGCCCACUGUGCCAACGCCAUAGAUCCCAAGAUCAAGCUCGGCACCGCAGAUGCUUGCUACGUGAGGUUCCUGAACUCGGAAGUUGUUAAAACGAGCGAGGCAGAGGAGCUUUUCCAGGCGCUGCUUCCCACGGUGAAGCCAGGAGGUUACAUCAUAACGUUCGGACACACGCCUGUCCUAUUGUCGUCUGCCAACUUCAAGCGCAAUCGAGACUUCCGGUUAUGCCGAAGCUUAGGCGUGGCAGUUGACGGUACUGGUAUUUUCCAGUAUUAUGUGAUGCAACGAAACAAAACCGUGCCUGUUAACAUGACCAACAAAACGGAGGCAGCACACAAGCGGGCGAUGCGUGACCUUCUAGCAUACGAGGAUACGUUGACGGUUGACGUCGAGAAAACCGUGCAGCGGAUCCGGGAGCGGGCGAAGCUUCUCCACACUGAGCUGGAUACCUAUAUCACGGGGGUGCUCAACGACAUCAAACACAAGUUCGAACAUGAGCUCAACCGCAUACACCACACGAUAGACAAGCUCAAAAGCGGCGGCGGCGGUGGCGGGGACGCGCAUCGAAAGCGGCGCUCUAACUCCGUAGACCGGACGCCCAGGUACCAAUCGACGCCGCGCUCUAGCAACAUUGAUUUCAGUCUAAACUCUUCUCACUCCACCCAGGUGACCUACAUUGAUAUCGACGCGGAAGAUCAGUUUAACAAGAAGGAGCUGAUGUAUUAUGAAGGAGAGGCCAGCGACAGCGUCUACCAGAAGCUUGUGGGACAUUACACCUUCGAUAUAACCUCUGCAAUACCGUUCAAUCCCAUACAGAGGGCCAUACAGGCGAAUCAGCGCUCGGAAGUGAAGCUUAUCAGCACAUUCCGAGUCGGCGACAAGAGCGAGACCGUGCACGCGAUAGCGCCCGUUGACGAGGACCAGGCCUGGGUGUGCUGUGGGUGGGGCUCCCGCAACCUCGCUCUCUAUGACCGACACGGCCAAAAACGGAAGUCAGCCACGCUAGAUAUCCAGGUCAACGACGUGACCUCUUUCAACGACGGCAGAGACGAUCACGUUCUGAUCUCCAGUUACCGCGAAAAGAGCAUCAAACGACUCAACCAGGAGUCGCUAAGAACGUCCGACUUCGCCUACAUUUCCUUGUUUCCCGGCGGCUUAUGCAGCGACCGUCGCAGCGGCCUGUACGUGUGUUUCCGGGACAGCUACCAGCGCACCGUGACGUUCGGCUCACGUCGGAUGGUCGCGAAGCUGUCAAAACACGGCGAGAUAGUGUCUACCAUAGAGAAGAACGAGGACCAGAGCAACGUGUUCGGUUACCCUUUCCGAAUUGCCGUCAACGUCAACGGUGACGUUUGCGUUUCGGAUUACGGCGACGGAACGCGCGGCGUAACAAUCCUGCGAAAAGACGGCAAAGUUAAGUGCAAUUAUAAAGGCGUGCCGUCCGGGUUGUCGAACGAACAGCCUUUCUUGCCCCACGGAAUAGUGUGCGACGGCGAAGGGAAUAUUAUGGUUUCGGAUUGGAAUAAUGACUGUAUUCACGUUGUUGAUAGGGACGGGACUUUCUUGUUGAAGUUAGUCACGAAAAAAGACGGGGUUGAAGGGCCGAAUGCGCUAGGGCUUGAUGGGAAUGGUCACUUGUGGGUUGGGGACAGCCAUGGUGUUGUCCGUGUUUUCAAGUACUCAAUCUUUAACCAUUAGCGCCUCACUGUUGUUAUUUUGCACUGACUGCCAUUCUGAAUCGCAGUUGAAUUAUGUUGUAUGCGCUUUUAUACACAAUUUUGUAUUCUUUUGUUGCUAUUGAAGUUUCGCCGUUUAUGACAGCAUUUCAGUUACAUCACGGCAGGCAAAUUAACAAACUCACUCUUCUCCUGGAUGAGGUGGUUAACCAAAACAUAGUCACAUACUUAUGCCAUACUUUAAUCAAAGGGAUAAUUUCCAAAUAAUGACACCAAUCACCACACAAGUUGUAUGGCCGGGUAGAGGCUGAACCCACGAUUUGUCCAUCGCUCUACUAACCGAACAAUCCGGUUGUUUUUUGUACCUUAUCUUUCACCAUGUUUGCUAAAACGUUGAUCUCAUUAAAAGAUCUCAUUUAUCACGAAAAUGCGUUCUGUGUGGGAAUGCAAGUAUGGGAUUUAGCUGAUUUCUUAACGGUUGUAAGAAUAGAAUGCAGCAGUCAAAGUCCUUCUCCAGUAUAUUGUUUCUUCCAAUUUUAGUGCGACCUCUUAUUUAAUUCUGCUUACACGUAUUAAUGUCUCUACUUUGGAUAUAAGCAUCAAUAUCAGGAAAGUAAAAUUGCAAAACAUUGGUCAGUGUGAUGUUAUUGCUUGUGCUCAAGUAAUCUACACUGCCCUUAUUUUUUCAUAAUUCUGUGUGUGCGUUUGAAAUGUGCAAACUUGUACUUGUGUUUUUUUCUUUUGCAAUUUAUAUAUGAUAGGUAUGUUAGCGUGCAUAUAUUUUAAUAGUGAUCGUUAGUGCCUUUUUCAUGAAAGUAAUGCUCGGUUAACCCAUUUAUGCCUAACGUCUUUAAAAAAAAGCCUUGGCAAACAGCGUAGACCCAGAUGAGACGCCGCAUGAUGCGUCGUCUCAUCAGGGUCUGCGCUGUUUGCUUUAAGGAUUUUCUGUAAGAAAUAUUCUAAAUAUAGAUAUAAAUUAACUAGACAUCCCUAAUUUUGGAAAUAAAUUGAUCCAAUUUAGAAGGAUGGGAGAGUCCAUUAGGCAUAAAUGGGUUAACUAGAAUAAUCGUGUGUUUGUUUAGCUGUACACAUUGUAUACCCUCGGCGUUAUAUAUAUUUAUGUGUUGGCGAAAUUUUACUCCAAUGGCUGCAUUAAACCCCCUUUUCACAGAGCGCGGCUCAUAUAUUUUAAAACAGGUAUUGAGGUAAAUGCACUCUGAAUAUGUAAAUAGAUUACACUUGUUGGUUUUGGUGGAUAAUCAAUUUUAAUUCACGAUUAAUAAGUGACUCUAUUACCAAUGUUAAAUCACUGAUAUUCCCAAAACAAAACAACAGAUGAUCAUCAAUAAGGUUUAUCAACAAGUACAUAGAUUUACCUCUUCAUUCAAAGAAAGAUAUUGUCAGGUGGUCUUGACAAUCACUAAAAAAGCUCUUCCACUACAUUUAAAUUAAUUCUAAAUUGUGUAAAUGCAUUUAUAAUCAUUAACUGAAUGCCUUUCAACAUGAAAAAUGCGUAAGGGCAUGUUAAAAAUGUCAGUAAGCAAUGACAUGUGUUUUUUAUAACAAUAAAUAUCAAUCAAAUGCAUACUGCUAGAACAAAUUACCAGUUAUUCACGAGAUUGUACCUUUACGUGUUAAAACUUGAACCAUGUCAUUUUUUAUGAUGACAGAGGGAGUAUCGAAGUUGACAAAAAACAAAACGUCUGAUUAUGGCCUCGUAACAUGACAGAAUGCAUAAUUAAAGCGGUAAAUAUGUAUAUUAAUAUCGUCGACGACGGAAAUUUCUUUUAGGCACUUCCUGUCACAACAUGACAGUCAUUGUUCGUAAAAGGGAUUAUCACUUACAUUUCUUUCUGAAUGGAUAUAUUGUUUGCAAUUUCAAGGUUUUCAAUGUGGUUUUCAUCAAAUACUUUACUGACUGCUUACAACGCUGAAGGCACUGAAGUUAAUUGUUCGCUAUUGCAUAAUCUUAGACGCAACGCAGUUUUCAAAAUUAUAUUAUCGCUUUUUAUAUCGCAUGUUUGAAAUGAUCACAACCCAUCCAAAUUUAUAAAGAGUGUGUAUUAAAGCACAGGUCGAGAUGUGUAUGCACUGUUUAUCCUCAUAUUUAUGAUAUAGAGAUAACUUAGACAAAAUAACAACACUAUGUCUCUGUUUUCACAAAUGGUUGCUGCACUAGCAACCAUCAUCAGAAUUGUGGUUGCCUUGCUAAAGAAUAACAAUCCUAGAAUCAUGUACAUGUUGUGUUAUGUGUAUCUAAUACUUUAUCUAUUGUCUUUUAAAUUAUUGAGCAGCAAUUUUGCCAACAUGACAGACUUUUAAUGCAUCUUGUCUAGUUGUGAGCCGGAGUUGAAUCUUUUCCUAGGCCUAAUUGAUCCACAGUCGCCAAUUUGUAUUCUAUGUUUAAUUGGAUUGAGUUGUUCAAGCUUUGAAAAAGGUAGUUGCCCUACUUUUUAGCCCAACUGUUACCAACUUUUGAAAUUGAGUUUCCUGGGCUUAUAUCUACUGACCCCAGGCUAACAGGCAUCCACUAAACCUGUAAGUUAUUCAUGAUGUUAGAUCGGACAGUGUAUUAAACUCAUUCAAUUUGCAAGUCUGAAGACAUUAAAGGAACAUUUUCAUGUAUUGGUAAGUUGACAAAAUUAAACGAUUGAAUAAUU